UUCUGAGAGGAAACAACCACUGAACGCUGACGCUUAAUUUGAAUGCGCGCUAAAUUCAAAGUCCGGGCUCUGCGUAAAACAUACAAACGAGUAGAGGUUGCCUGGAAGUUAAGUUAGCCAGGUAGAUGUAAUUUACUUUCGUGGCUUUUCAAGUCUUCGGGAAACGUGUUUGAAAAGUUGAAAGUUAAAAAGCAAACGUUUUGACGCUCAGCUGUGCGUCAGCGACCCAAAUAGUUAGGGACUUUCCACAACCGAUGUUUACGCACAGCUGUCUCUGGUUUCCUUACGAGCAUAACGAUGGAUGAAGGCACAGCCGCGAUUCGCUGCUUCUCGCCUGGAGAGUGAUUGGAGUGCAUUAACACAGGUGAAUCAGUGACUGCUGCAAGGUAUGCUUGAUGAGGUGGAGUGACUUUUCCAAUGGGUGGGUCAGAGCGCGUGUGGUUACUUUCUGUUUUGUGUCAGGCGAUCUUGCUGACUUGCGAACAGCUUUUAAAUCCUGUUGAGGUCGAACUCGCAUUUCAGCCCUUUCCUUCCACUCAUGAUCCAGACACGUACACUGUCACCUGCAGGACUGCAAAGAACCAUCUGGUGUACGUGGAGCCCAUUGAUCAUUCAGCAUGCUCCCCUGGCUGCAAAAUGUUACUGCAAUUACUUGAGGACCCCAGAGGCUAUAACAUCACGUUGAGAGCCAGCAGAAAUGAUGCUACUCUUGAGGCAAAGACUUUCCACUUUUUUCCAGUCUCCCUGUCCUCCAUUCAUGUAUACAGCACUGCGACUACUGCCCUCCUGACAUGGAAACUUCACAGACAGCAAAGUGUGUCUACCUUGAGUCUAUACAACACUCACACACAAUCUGUCACCCACAUAUUCAGCAUCAACUCGUCAGAGGUAAAGUCUCAGUACACAGUGAAAGGUCUUAAGCCUGGCACACGCUUCAGGGCCGAAGUUGUGGUGACGACAUUCCUCAAACACCUUAAUAUGACACUGAAGCAGAGACUGAGCAUUGGCAUGGGAACAGCUCGAUGUCCCCCUGACUGGUUGGCCAAUGGGAGAAGCUGCUACACUGUGAAAAGAACAGCGCUGACCUGGAGUGAUGCACAGGACAGCUGCAGAGCCCUUGUAGCUGGAAGUCAUCUGGCUGAUCUGAAGACUCUGGAAGAUCUGCUCUUCAUAUCCUCUCAGCUGCUGAGCCACAACAACCUGCUGCUGCUGUGGACUGGACUCAGUGACCAGCAGGAGGAGGGACAACCUCUCUGGUCUGAUGGCUCAGUCCAUAACCUGACCAACGCUGUGAUGUCAUCACUGCCAGCCAAUCAGACAGACUGUUUUGCCCUUCAGAGGAAUGCCACAGGGCCAGGAUAUUUUCUCACUUCAUUCUUUUGUGACAUCCCCUUACCCUUCAUCUGCCAGUACCAGAUACCUUCAGUCCCUGCCUUAUUCUCCUUUGACCUGGUUCAGGUGACAGAGCAACAGGUAGAGCUUCGCUGGAGUGACCUCUCACCCUUGAACUCUUUUAAUCUUUCCUCUUUUGAGAUUUUCCUCCAGUACCAAGAGGAGGCAAGCAAGCGAGUGUUUGAUCAAUCUGAAAAAGAUAGAAACAGGGAGUUAGAGGGCAAAAUGGGGACACAGAUCCAGAGCAGGGUUCCCAUUUCGCUCUCCUCCAGAGGGGUAACCGUGGCAGGUUUGUUUCCAGGGAGCAUCUACUCUUUCACUCUUCGAGCGUUCCAUCCUGCUGGCUCCAGCUGGAGUCUGGGACAAAUGCGGACUGCGUACACUAAACCAUUUCCUCCUCAAAAUAUCACCACCGGCAACGUUACUGCUAGUCACAUAAGUGUCCACUGGAUGCUGACAGGUGCACAGGCUGGAUGGACCUUUGUUGUGCGCUAUGUGGACAUGUCUACAAAACAAGAGAGGGUAUUUGGAAUGGCCAACAUCUCCAGGCUGUCCACGACUGGUGGGUUGCAGUCAUACACAGCUGUGAUUGGAGGACUGGAGUCUUACAGGAAAUACACGGUUGAAGUCUCCACAGUCACACAGCGUGGGGUAGAGAGCUGCGGACAGGUGCCUGUGACUGUGCAGACUGCGGUGAGGGCUCCUGCUGGUCUGAUGGCAUUGAGCACAACAGGAAAUCUGACAGUCUGCUGGACCAGUCCACCUGAUGACCCGCCAGAUGGUUUUUAUAUCACAUCCCACCCACUCGUUUACCCAAGUCCAACGUCACUGUGGGUAAACCAGUCCAGUCCUGGUGCACACUGGGUAAACGAGUCCGUGUGUUUUAAUUUUGGCACAUUUACUCCCGGUCAAACUUAUGAGAUUGGAGUGGUCUCACUGAGGGGGGAGGACAGGAGCAAGAGGACCAGCAUCAUACACACCACAGAUCCAAUGCCAGUUCAGGCAGCAGUUCCUCUGUCAGCGGACACAAACUCUGCACAGCUGUACAUCCAGCGUCCACAGCUGGGUCUGAUUGAUGGGGUGAAAGUGUGUCUAUGUCUAUGUGACAGUGUGUGUGAGGGAUCGUGUGGGUACACGUGUAACUGGUAUUCCCUCCCCACCGGUGUUCACAUCAUAACGCUUUGGGACCUCAGUCCUGGAUCGGAAUACCAGUUCAGAGUGUACAGCACCAGCCGAGAGCAGCUGGGACCACCUUACUACACCCACCUGGUUAGAACAGGUCUGGCUCCUCCUAGCCGAGUGAGGGAGGGUGUGGUGACAGAUUCAUCCAUAGAGCUGCUUUGGGAUCCAGCGCAAGGACAGUCUCACUGCUACGAGGUCAUGUGCCUCAACUGUGACCAUUCACACAUGGUGCAGAAGGUUUUCAGUCAGAGUGCAGUGUUUGAUAGUGUGACUCCAGGCAGACUCUACCACUUUGCAGUGCGAACAGAGAAGGAGUUCUUUGCGGACAGUUCCCCUGUCACCAUCAACAUCACUGCAGCUCCCAGCCCAGCGGAGGUUUCUCUUGUCAAUAAAACCACAUCAUCCAUAUGCAUUCGUUGGAGUACCUUCAGGGGAGUUGUGAACAAAUUCAUCCUGUCAAUCAAAAACACGACAUCCAAUCAAGAGCUCAUUAUUUCUCAUCAGGAGCCCAGAUCUCACAGCUUUGAAGGCCUCGUUCCAGGAAGUCAAUAUACAGUUGAAGUAAUUAGCACCAGCAGGGAAAAAAGGAGUAAACCUGCCACUAUGAUCCUUCAUACUGUCCCAGAGGUGCCACAGGAAGUGACCCUUUCGGAGGAGGCAGUGACAUCUGUGUUUGUCACCUGGAGACCACCACCAGGACAGGUGGAGGGAUACAAGCUUGUUUUUGGCCUGCUGUCAGUGGACAGGAAAUCAUGGAUUAAGAGGCUUGUCCAGGGCACAAGUUAUGAGAUCAAGGAUUUGAUCCCGGGGUCAGACUACGGUGUCAGCAUUCAGAGUGUGCUGGGAUCAGACACCAGUCAGGCAGUCCACAGAGAGUUCAGCACAGGUCCAGCAGGAAUGUGCGCCCUUCAUUUAGUCAACAUGAGCUCUACUUCUGUCUCUGUGAGUUGGGAUACUGCGUUUGGAGAGUUCGACUUCCACAGAGUCACUGUGGCCAACACCUCAGUCACAAACACACUCGCCAUACCCAAGGAGGAGCAGGUUGCCGUGGUUACAGGCCUGGUGGGUGGCUGCAAGUACAACGUGAGCGCUGAGAGAGUGAGAGGAGUGACAGUGGGGAGGGCUGCCUUUCUCACCGUAACCACAGUGCCAGCCCGUGUUCGAGGACUGUGCGUUGCGAAUGUGUCUGCGCAUGCGUUCUCGCUGCGUUGGGAGCAGACGCUGGGGUGUGUGGAUCAUUACCAUGUGAACCUGCAACCAAACCGGGGAAAAGUCACAGUGCAACCUGCACGUGAUGGAUACAUUCAGGCUAAUGUGGUGAACGCCAGUCCUGGGACACGAUACACUGUGACGGUCACAGCUGCCUCCUCCUCCAACAUCAGCCCUGGAGUGAGCCGCAUGGUCAACACUAAUGAGAGCGUUCCUGGUCCACCUUUAGGCCUUGAAGGCGAGGCUGUGGGCUCUAAUGGUAUUCUGCUGUCCUGGACCAUGCCACCUGAUGCCAACAACAUUGAGGGAUAUGUCAUCAGGUACAAGGAGGUGUGUCCCUACCCCGAUCCCACCUUCACACAGGUGACCAAGUACCUGGAUAUACCAGAGACUCUGCUGACGGACUUCACCUCAGGUUCAACAUACCACAUCGAGGUAGCAGCCAUAUCGCCAGCUGGAAUCGGUGCUUUCAGCAAAUCUUUAUACAUAAAGACUGCUGAGUCCCCCCCUGGCCUCGUAACCAACCUGACAGCGUUUGCUCAGAACCAUACCUCCGUCCUGGUCACCUGGUUCCUACCGCACCGCAUCAACGGCCUCAUCACAAAGUUUGCUGUCAAGGCAAAACACGCUCGUACCGGGCAGACGGUCCGCACCCUGGAGAUCAAUGCAGAGGACAUCAUGACCGGAGCUCUGCCUCACUGCAAUGAUGCAGCCGAUAUCUUGUCCCGUGCAACUCUCAGCCCCUUGGAGAUAACAGCAUCGUCUCCACCCAUCACCCUCUCCGCUGUGCCCCCAGCAGCCUCCUGGAGUGUGCCCAUAUCAGUGGGGGUUGAUCAGCUACGACCUUACACGGCCUAUCUUUUCGAAGUGUCUGCCUUCACCUCUGAUGGGGAGGGACAGAUAGCCUCCACUAUGGUCCGCAUGCCAGAAUCAGCUCCAGAAGACCCACCACAAGGCUUCUCCGUAUUGAAUAUGACGUCUAGAUCGAUCUCCGUGUCCUGGAACUCCCCCAACAUUAUCACAGGGAAAUUCACCUACAUGCUUUACCUUUAUGGACCUACAGGCUAUUUGUAUGAGAACGGCACAGCAGACAUGCGGUUUUCUUUCACUGGGUUGACCCCCUACACAAGAUACACGGUGGCGGUGCGAGCCAAAGCUGCUGGAGAAGUGGGUCCAGCAGCCCAGCAUGAUGUAAUUACACCUGCCGAAGCGCCCAGUGCAGUGCAGGACUUGAGAGCAGUAGCUGAGGAUUCAGUUUCAAUCCGUGUGAGCUGGAGAAGCCCCGCUGAGCCCAACGGCAUGAUCACCCAGUACAGACUGCAGGUUCUGGUCAUCGACAUUCUGCUGCAGGACAUCACCCUGACUGUACAAGUGAAUACUGAAGAGACCACUUUGGAUGAAGUUGAGACACUUCCUCCUGAUGUCGGUCCCAGGCGACGUAAGAGAACCGCUGAGCUCAGUCUCGUCACGUCACCGCCAACUUUCACGCCCGCAAUUUCUGAUCGCACUCUGACCGCUAGCAGGACUGCUUCCAGUCCCACACACUCCAGUGACCAAAUCACUGACGCAGCUACCCAACCAACUGCAAACUCCAUGGACCCUGAAAAGCUCAUCACCAGUUAUACUUCUGCUUCACACUCUAACAGCACAAAUAUUCAGUCUACUGACACUGUGGUCUUUGGGACCUCUGCCUUUUCUCUUACCUCUGUGCCCCCUGUUACGCUUCCACCCUGGCUCACUAAGCAAUCACAAGCUGGGGAUAAGACCUCAGAUUCCUUCCCUUUGGCCCUGACCCCAGGCCAGCUUCGCUUGUCCACACAUGAUGCCUCAGUUACGGGACACUUUUCAACGCGCAGUGCAGCAGCUUCCGGUACCACAGAUGUAACAGUGAGAGAGGAGGUGAUGGACUUUUUUUCUGAGGAGCUGUCUUACCUGGUGUCAGAUCUGAGUCCCUUUACCGACUACACAUUCAAGGUCACUGCUUCCACUACUGUUGGAGAGGGUCCUGCAACAAAUAUCACCGAGAAGACCAGGGAGCAGGUCCCCAGCUCAGUGCUCGAUGUGUCCUAUCAAAACAUCAGCUCCACCUCCAUACUGGUGAGCUGGGUCCCACCGCUCAACCCCAAUGGAUGGAUCACACAUUACACUGUCUAUGGCCUCAGACUCCACAGUAAUCAGGCCCUGAAGUGGGACACUAACUCUACCAGCAUAUUGAUAACAGAUUUGGAAAAGUACACUGCUUACAAGCUGCGUGUAGCUGCAUCUACAGCUGUGGGAGAGAGCUCCCUGUCUGAGGAAGAUGACAUCUUUGUUUUCACCUUAGAGGAUGAACCUGACUCCCCCCCUGUGAACCUCACUGUGGACGACGCAAGCUCCUCCACCAUCACACUGUCCUGGUCUGCACCAGAGAAAGCCAAUGGAGUGAUCCAGUAUUACGAGGUCCUGUAUGAGAAUGAAUCUCACUCUGCGAUGAUGAACACGUCCUCUAACCGAGUCACUCUGAUCAACCUGAAGCCAUUCUCCUACUACAACGUGUCCGUGAGGGCAUACACGCGUUACGGCUACGGCAACCAAACCUCAGACGCCUUAUAUCUGCUGUCAGGAGAGGACGUCCCAGGCAGUCCUCCAUAUGGCCUUACUUUUGAGUCGGUCAGUCCCAGCGAGGUGAACGUGACAUGGCAGCCUCCUUUGCUGCCUAACGGGGUCAUUACCCACUAUAGCCUGGAGCUUUGGAAUUCCACUCACUAUCUGAACCUCACCUCUCCAACUAACUACAUCCACGUCACACAUCUGAGGAAGUACGCAAACUACCGUGUCAUGGUGCAAGCACACACACGUGUCGGGCCCGGAAACUACAGCAGCGAGCCGCUCAAUAUCACCACACUGGAGGACGCUCCAGACACACCUCCUCAGUUCCUCCAUGCCAGGAAGUUGUCAGACUAUGAGGUAGAGUUGUCAUGGCAACCGCCACUUGAAGCCAAUUCGGACAUACUCUACUACAUUGUCAGAGUUUGGAAUGAAACAACUGAGCUGUGGCAGAAUGUAACAGAGACAUCAGUGAUUAUUAAUGUAGACUCAGAGAGUCGCUACAAUGCCUCUGUCUCCAGCUGGACCAGACUGGGUGAUGGAGGCGUGCUGAUUUACAUCAGCUUUACAACCGUUGAUGCAGAACCAUUUGACCCCCCGCAGAAUGUGACUUAUGCAAAUGUGACCACCUCCUCUGUCACCUUGCUGUGGCAUCCACCUAAUGAACCCAAUGGAAUAAUUGUACACUACACUAUUUACUACUCUGAUAACAACACUAUGACUGAGAAGAGGGUUCCCAUUUCAGACCUACCUGCCCUUGUCUCUCCCGAUUCAUCCCACUCUUACACUCUGACUGGGCUCACUGGGGGCACAAACUACACAGUGUGGAUGACCUCCAGCACUGUGCAGGGGGACGGAGGUGUUCAGAGCGAGCCACUAAAUCUGUUCUUACCUGAAGACGUGCCAAGUGACUCGGUCCGAAACCUGACCGCUCAGAUCUUCAGCUCCACGGCCAUCAUCGUCAGCUGGGACCCUCCCCUGGAGCCAAACGGCCGUCCGUUGUACCUGCUCACCUUACAGGAGGCCGGCGUAUCCAACCAAGGGAGUCCAGCUGUCAACAAGACCAUCAAGCAUACCACAACUGACAAUGUCUUCCUAUUCACCAAACUAAAGAAGUAUUUCCCUUACGUGUUUACUGUUACACCAGCAACUGGUGCUGGCCCUGCCUACAACCAUACCAGCACAAUGUAUCUGAGAACCGACGAUGAUAUUCCUAGUUCUGCUCCGUUGCUGGUGUCCACCAAGAAUCUGUCAUCGUCCUCGAUCGCAGUGGUCUGGCAGCGCCCUCUCGAGGCCAACGGGUUGAUAACAGAAUAUGCCCUCACUCUGUUCGGCCCCGGGGGCUCCAACGCAACACACACCCCCAACACCUCCUUCAUACUCACCGGCCUACUUCCAUACACAGCUUACAACCUCACUAUUACAGCUGCCACGCGUAAAGGCUCAGGACCUUAUCUUCUGCUGCAGCUGCACACUGAUGAAGGAGGGCCCAUGUCCCCUCCUCGUAGCCUGACUAUUUACAACCACACAGCAGUCUCAGUGUGGCUGAGCUGGGAACCUCCUCUGGAGCCCAAUGGAGUAGUGAUACAGUACGGCUUCAGGAUCAGGGACCUCAUCACACACAUCGUCACACACAGGAAUUCAUCGGGUCCAUCGACCACAGAGUAUCUAUCGGGCUUCAGGCCUCACAGCUCCUACGAGAUCAGUGUUUACAGUUACACCAGAGUGGGCCAUGGGAAUCAGUUCAGUAGCCCCGUGACCUUCACGACUAAUGAGUCAGUGUCCGAUGCUGUGGGGAACCUGUCUUGCUCAGGAGUGAGCUGGGAUUCAGUUCAGCUGUCUUGGGAGCUUCCAGUCAACCCUAAUGGGCAGAUCCUAUUUUAUGAGAUUUCAUUUGAGGCAGACUCACAGCCCUACACACACCAGGCUCACACACCAGAGUACAUAGUGACUGGGCUGUCACCAAACCAGGAUUACACGCUCACCGUGACUGCAGUCAACUCUGCCGGACUGGGAGAACAAGUGAAUUGUACUGCUUCCACUCUCUCUGAGUCAGUUCCAGCCGCCCCUCGCUUUCUCACCGUCUCUCACAUCACACCUAACAAUGUGACACUUGAGUGGGCUCCACCGUUUUCCAUCCGUGGCCUGCUGAAAGAGUAUCACGUCAUCGCCCAGCUGCUUUCGACGUCUUGUGAAGCGAACAUACUACCUACUGCACAGCUGGGCUCAGAAGACAAACUGGCCUCAGAUUGCGUGGACUCUAACGCCACAGCGUAUGUGAAUGCCUCAGACGACGCCAAAUCGAACCACAGCACCACACUCCAGUCCCUGGCUAAAUACAGAUAUUAUCGCUUCAAAGUGGCUGCCGUGACGAAUGCUGGAGUUGGAGAAUAUACACACUGGUAUUAUGCACGCACUCUGGCUGGAAACCCUGAUGCCCCACCCCGUAACCUGAAUGUGACCCCCACCUCCAAAGGACUUCGCAUUGCAUGGGACGCUCCAGCUGUUCUCUCUGGACCGACAUCCUAUCUUGUGCAGGUGGAUGGUCCCGAUUUGAACAUCUCAACCGUCCGAGCCCCAGGAGAACUGAGGACAGUCGUUGUGACUAACUUGACUGCUUUCACUCGUUACUUUGUGACUGUCACUGCCUUCACUGGUCCGUUGGAGCAUGCUGCCAGCGAUGGAAAAGCUACUGGACCUAUUGCAUUUCAAACACUGGAGGAGGAACCCAAUGAUCCUCCUAAGAAUGUGGUUGUAUCAGUUAUCCCAGAGGAAGUGAACCGAGUGAAGGUGACUUUUACCCCUCCAGAGGAGCCUAAUGGAAACAUAACUGCCUACUUUGUGUACAUCUACGAAAGGGACCAGCUGGUCAAGAAUGUGAGCCUUAAUAUCACUAAAGGAGACCAAAACAUGAUGACUGCUAUCAUAGAGGGCCUGAAAGGAGGACACAGCUACAGUAUACAGAUUUCAGCAAAGAACGGAGCUGGUAGGAGCCCACCCAGCCCACAUGUCCAGAUAACUACCGGCAUCAAAGCUCCGGCCAAGCCAACCCAAAGACCGCAGGCAGUGCUGGGCCACGGAGGGGUUGCCAUGGUAACCCACAGGAGUAUCACCAUCCGCAUGCCUGCCUGUUUCUAUAGUGAUGACAAUGGACCAAUCACAAAAAUCCAGGUCAUCGUGGCCGAGUCAGGGGUGAAGGACAUCCAGAACUUGACCAACUGGAAGAAUGCAUUUUUUGAUCGCCCUGCCCCUUACCUGACCGACCGGGGGUUCCCCAAUCCACCAUGUCUUACGAGGGAUGGGGCAUCACGCAUGGCUGCACGUGUCAGAGGUGGUCGCAGUGUGUCUGGAGACGACCGGCCACUGGUGCGACACAAUCACACUACAGCGGGAGUCUACGUAAUUGGAGAGAGCGAUGACUGUGUGUCGGAGAACAACACUGACAGUCUUUGCAAUGGACCUCUGAAGUCUAACACGGUCUAUGUGUUCAAGUUCAGGGCCACUAACAUCAACGGCCAAUUCACAGACUCAGAGUAUUCCGAGCAUGUCAAAACUGCAGUGGACGGCCUGUUGACCAGAGAGGAGCAGAUCAUCCUUGGAGUUCUGCUCUCAUUCUUCUUGGCUGUGUUACUUAUCAUCAUCAUCUGCUGCUCAGUCAAAAUCCAUCAGCGCAAGAAGGAGGGCGGGACUUAUUCACCCAGAGAGGCGGAGAUCAUAGAGACCAAGUGUAAGCUGGAUCAGCUGAUCGCUGUAGCAGAUCUGGAGCUGAAACAAGAAAAACUCAACCGGUAUUCUUCCUUCUUCUUUAGACGAAAAGAGAUUUAUGUGAUUCAGCUGCUCAGCUACAGGAAAUCACUCAAGCCCGUCAACAAGAAGUCUUUUCUGCAGCACGUGGAGGAUCUGUGCGCCAAUGACAAUGCCAAGUUCCAGGAAGAGUUUGCUGAGCUUCCAAAACUGCUGCAGGACCUGGGAACCACAGAUGCCGACCUUCCCUGGAACAAAUCAAAAAACCGCUUCCCCAACAUCAAACCUUACAAUAACAACCGAGUGAAACUGCUGUCAGAACCGGGCGCUGCGGGCUCUGACUACAUCAACGCCAGCUUUGUCUCAGGCUACCUUUGUCCAAAUGAGUUCAUAGCCACCCAGGGUCCUCUGCCUGGCACGGUGGCUGACUUUUGGAGGAUGAUCUGGGAAACAGGAACCCGCACCAUCGCCAUGCUCACUCAGUGUUAUGAGAAAGGCAGAAUCCGGUGUCACAAGUACUGGCCAGAGGACAACAAACCAAUGUCAGUGUUUAGUGAUAUUCUUAUCUCAAAAGUGUCAGAGGAGGUUCUUCCUGACUGGACUGUCAGAACCUUAAAAGUAGAAAAGCACGGGCACUACAUUCUUGUUCGCCACUUCAACUACACAUCGUGGCCUGAGCAUGGAGUCCCAGAGUCCUGCAGCACUCUCAUUAAGUUUGUCAAAGCUGUCCGAGCCCACAGGCACGACAACACCACCAUAGUGGUCCACUGCAGUGCUGGUGUGGGCAGGACAGGUGUGUUUAUUGCUCUCGACCACCUCAUUCAGCACGUCAGAGAUCACGACUUUGUGGAUAUUUAUGGCUUGGUGGCUGAACUGCGCAGCGAGAGGAUGUGUAUGGUCCAGAAUCUGGCGCAGUACAUCUUCCUGCACCAAAGUACGCUGGAACUUCUAAACAAUAAAGGCAACAGCCAAUCCAUCUGGUUUGUCAGCUAUUCUGCUCUGGAGAAGAUGGACUCCUUGGACGCCAUGGAAGGUGAUGUUGAGCUGGAAUGGGAAGAGACCACUAUGUAACGACUGACUGAAGAACACCUUUAGCAGUGGGAGAGAAACACUUUUAUGUUUUGAGGUCACUGGACUGGAAUGCUGACGGUGGACUGGACCGCUUCCAAGGCGCAAGGUUAGAGGGAGGAGAAACAGGAGGUGAACAGCACAGUCUGAACUGAACGGUCUAUCUGUCGACUGAGACUCCGUCGCUCCACUUCAACCCACUUCUCAGCGCAGCCCUCCACUUUAAUGAACGUCUUGUCCACUUGUUUUCGGAGAGAGCGAGA